AUCAAUGGGAAGGUUAUAGAAAACCUUUUAUUUCAAAUAAUCUUAUUGAAGCUCUUCAACUCCCCGAAAAACAGCCUUCUCUUAGACAAGUUAAGGAGGAAUUGAAUGAAAUUGAGAAUAGAUUCAAUAAAAAGCAAAUUGAAAAUAUGUAUGAAAUUAAGAAGUUUAUUAACGAUCUGCCCACUCUUAAGGAUCUAAAAAAAUCAAUUGAGGAUUUGAAAGAAGACAAAUAA